AUGGCCGCCGCCGCCCGCGCCACGCUCAUCGGCCGCGACGACGCCCACUUCCGCGACCUGCUCGCGCGCCUGCCCGCGCACCUCGUCGCGCCGCCGGACCUCGACGAGGCCGCCGCCGAGAAGUUCUACAAGAACAAGGGCCAGAAGGCGCCCGAGGCCGAGCGCCGGGCCGCGUCGAAGCAGCGCCGGGCCGAGGCCAAGGCGCAGCGCGACGCGAAGCGGCGCGGCGCGGGCGCCGCGCCGGCCGCCGACUUCGACGGACUGGGCGACGCCGAGGACGAUCCGGCGCCGGCCGUCGAGCGGACGGGCGAGGCGAUGGCCGACGUGCGGCAGCGGCUCCAGGCGCGGAUCGCGGGCCUCAAGGGCACGCGCGGCGCGGGCGAGAAGAAGAAGAAACGCAAGGAGAAGACGAAGGCGGACGAGCGCCCUGCGAAGCACGCACGCACGGACGCGCCGGAGGAUACGAAGGUUGGCGCGCUGCGCGACGCGCGGGCGGACCGGCCGACGCCCAAGAUGGUCCAGGGCGCUCCUGGGUCUAAAACCCGAAAGCUCAAGGGACUACUGAAGCAGGCCGAGCGCGACGCGGCGGAGGUCCGGCACCUGCGCGCGAGCGGCCAGGACGCGGCGGCCGACGACCGCCAGUGGGACGAGGCGCUCCGCGUCGCGUCGGGCGAGCGCGCCGCCGUCGACCCGGCGAAGGUGAAGAAGGCCCUGAAGCUGCGCGAGAAGAAGAAAAAGAAGUCGGCGAAGGAGUGGGCCGCGCGCGGGCGGGCGUCGGCGCGCGCGGUCGCGGCGAAGAAGGUACCCUCGGGGAAGAGAGUAUAUGACGACUAA